AAAAAAAUAGUGCAGACUUUGAGGAGAAAGCUUUGCUCCUUUUGGGUAUAGUAUUGAAAGGAUGACUUUAGAAAUCUUUGACUGUUAUUUUGAAGUAAGGAUAAUGAAUAGUAGCAGAUUCAGUGGAAUGCAUGCAAACCAUUCAGACAGUGACAUCCUGAGAUACUGGGGAAGGGUUAUUAUUUUAGAAGGCCUUCAUCUUCCUCAGCACACAUUGCAUAUGCCUGAAUAGGCAAAUACCAAUAUAUGUCUCAGGGUCUUUACUGAAUGAAAUAGAAGUAUCUUGGUUCCUUUCGAGUUUGCUUCCUCAGCGAUUAAAAGGUUGAGAAGGUAUUUUUAUACUCAUUUGCAAGAUUCUGCUAUUGAUACAGAGGUGAAAAGGGUGCUUCCAACACUUGCAAUCAGCUAGAAAAUUACAUCGUUUACAAGAGAGGGGUUUUUUUCAUUGAGUACCCAACUGCUACCAUAUUUACAAAAGACUUUGAAAUACAUUAUGCUAGCAAGAUAUUUGUUUGCAUGACUGUGUUUUCAAGCACACUGAACUCUUUAGAACAUGGGUGUCAAACUCGUCACAUGAUGUGUUGCGACGUAUCACGACUCUUUGCAUUGCUGGCAAUGGGGUGGGUGCAGCUUUGGUAUGAUGAAACCGGCCUGUGGGCUGGCAGUUUGACACCCCUGCUUUAGAAGAAUAUAUCCUAUAGUGCUUGAAAAUAAUGGACUGAUGUUUCUUCUUCGCAUACAUACUCAGCAGAUGGGCUUUGCCUAAGAUAGAUUUUAUUAAAUAUUUACCAAGUUUAUACGUAAUAAAAAUAAUUAGUUUGCUAUGCUAUGAUUUUAAAAAAAUACAUUUUCCUUACGACUAAUAAUCUUUUCAAAGAUAUAUGGCCAUUCCUGCAGUGUAUUUUUCACCAUUUGGUACCCAAUUGUUAUUAUAGGGCUCAGCAGGAGUUGCUUUCAGAGAGAGUAGUAUCCAUCUUUGUAAUGGCAACCUCACUUGUGGGAUUUGGCAAAUUCAUCUUGGGCAAGUGACAAAGUCACAAAGCUGCAUAUUCAACUUUUGUGUAGAUUUAGAUCAGUAUGUUUAGGAGGUCCGGAAAAUAAUUCCUUCCCAAGUGUAGUGAUGACUGGUUAUAUUAAUAAUUAGUCUGAUUGCUGUUUACAUCUUUCCUGGCUGAUUCUAAAAGGGUGGGAGAAGCACUUAUGCUAUUUUAAAUCCACUGCUGUGCAUCAAGAUGAUGACUUCUGAAACAUUUGAAUACAAAACCCCAAUUAUUGUGAUAUCAGCUAAAAAAUGGGGUAUUUAAAUGUUUACCUAAGGCAGUCUCACAUAUUGGAAACUGAAUUAUUUUCCUCAAAGGCACACAAAUAGUGGUUCCUUUGUAAGCGCUUUGGAUAUCUAUAAUAUAUGCUGGGUGGGGUGUUCUACAGCUUUCCUUCUACUUUUCAAAGUGAAAUUUGCUCUCUUAGUAAAAAAGCUUACUAUAUUUUGUGAUGGAAAAAUACCAUAGACUCCACUAUUUAUGCACUGAAUCUAAUUAUCUUUUGUGUUUGUUUUACCACAUAACCUGGAUAAAGGCCUAAUUUGACAAGUGGGACGUAUCAUUAACAAAGAUUGAAAGAAAAACGCAGAGGAGCAGCAAAACCUGAAGGUUUAGAAGUAAAAGAUGGGCAAAGAAAAGAUGACUAUGACUUUGAUCCGCAACAGGCUGGUGCUGCUGGUCCUAGGAAUCCUUGUCACUUUUGUCCUCUACCUGUUGCUUCCUGCAAUCCAGCAUGAAAAAUUUAGUGCUUCAGUAGACAUCCCUAAACCACGGGCCAUGGAGGAAGAGGCGAAGGGUACAGGUGCUGGGAAUGUCACCAUCAUGACAGGGACAGUUUUGCACUCUUCUGUUUUCUUCAGAGAAGCCGUGCUGGCACAAAAAGAUGUGGCUUCCUCCACUGAAAGGCUGGCAGUGAUCUUCUUGCAUGGCCAGUCCUUCACAUCCAAGACAUGGGAGACUCUAGGAACACUGGCUUUGCUUGCAGAAAACGGCUAUCGCGCUGUAGCUAUUGAUUUGCCUGGCUAUGGGAACUCCCCACGUUCAACCUCUGCUGGGACUGCAAAAGGCCGCAUUUCCUUUCUGGAGCAAGUCUUCAAGGAGCUGGGCCUUCAGAAGCCCAUUUUGAUAAGCUCAUCUAUGAGUGGCCGAUAUUCCAUUCCAUUUCUCUUUUCUAGUGGAGAACGGUUGAAGGGCUUUGUGUCUAUUGCGCCAGUGGGUACAAAAGAUUUUACAGCUCAGCAAUAUCAACAGGUCGAGACACCAACAUUGAUAAUUUAUGGACAGCGUGAUACUGACCUGGGUGUACAGUCUCUGCAAAGUCUUCAGCAGAUUCCCAGAUCCAGAGUUGUCAUGUUGUUGGGAGCUGGCCAUGCCUGCUAUCUUGAUAAGCCUCAGGAGUUCCACAAAGCGCUGCUGAGCUUCCUCAGUGAAUUAAAAUGACUGUGGUAUUUUUUCUUAGUUGCUCUGCUGAAUCCCAUUUUCCUUUUCCCAGGGAAAAAGUGAAGACUGAAUGUCUGUUAUGUAAUCUGGAUGAUGUGCAUAUAAAUCUGGUUCUUCAUACUUCAAGGGCUAUAGAGCUUUUUGACUGUCGAUGGAAGAAUUUAUCUCUACUUGUUUGUGGGGUUACUUCUUUUUCAAGCGCUCAAGGUAUAAUUGCCAGAAUCCUACAAACUGGCAGAAGUAUUAGAUCGAGGACAUACGGAGCAGGGUAGCAUUUUCAUAUGUUUGUGAAGAGACUGAAGAACUUGAUCUGCACAUCACUAUUCAAUUUUCAUUCCUUUUAAGAACUGAUCUCUCCAGAGAAAGGUACAACGUCAACUCCAGUAUCUUAUUUCAGACCACAGAUAUUAUCUCAAGAUUAAUUUUUUUCCAUUAACCACCACCUACUACUUUUAGUGUGCUUAUUUCUGUUUUGAGGGUGUUUUCUUGUACUUUUUAUCUUAAUUCUACUGUUGUGAUUUGGAGGGUCUGCUUUACUUUUUUCAGCAGCAGAAGGAAACCAAAUUGACGUGUUUGUCCUUACUGGGAGCAGGUAAUAUUUGAAAUUGCCCAAAAGACAUUUGGGAAAUUUGAAGAAAAACUUUGGAAAGAAAUGACACAAUUUUAAGUGUAUAUUUUCUUGUAACUUUAAUGACCACUGUAAUGCAUUGGUUGCCCAACUGUAACAUGUUGACUCUCUGUGAAUGAAGUAUUUAGUUAGAAUGUGUCAUCCAGACUCUCACCUGAGCAGGAGAAUAUGGAAGAAAUAAGGAGAAUGGGUCAACUUUUCAAAGAAGCAUAGUCCACAUGUUAGGAGAGGGAUGAUUUGUCCUACUCAUUAGGUCAUACGUUAUCUAGGAUUUUGAGUAUUGCAAACGUUUAAUAAAUUGUUUAUACUGGUA